AUGGAUUAUAAAGUCGCCACUUCUUUGCCUACUUCACCAUUAGUGCACCAUGAUCUCAGUAUUAGCUCAGCAGACUCAGAUAAUGAAUCUAGAGAACAUAAGAAAAGUGUUAGGACAAAAGUUGGACAUGGACGAAAUUCUAGUAUUGCAAAUAUGAAGACUCAGACAUCAGAUAAAAGCUUCCAUGGAGAAUAUGAUAAUGGAAGCCCAAACUUUGGUUCUCCUCAAUCUUCUACACAAUCAAGGCCACCAAAAGAUUUUGUAUGUCCCAUAACUAGCCAUAUUUCAGUGAUCCACUCUUUAAGCAGGGAAGUUUUAAGAACAACAGUUUACAUUCUAUCUGAGUUACUAGUAGCUGAUGAAAGACUCAGGGAGAUUCUAACAAAUGUUGAUCUUGAAUGUUUAGCUGCUUUACUACAAAACGGUUUAUCCGAGGCUGCUGUUCUUAUAUACCUUCUGAAACCCUCGUUUUCUCAGCUCUCAGAGUUUAACUUAGUUCCAUAUAUUAUUCAAAACAUAUGUAAAAAAGAUGAAGAAUCCAAGGAUUCUGAACUGGUGAUGAAUCCAAAGGAUGCUGCUGUAGAGUUAGUGGCUCAGGUUUUAAUCGAAGGAGAUGAGACUAGUAGAAAUUCUAAUGCUUUGAGUGUUUAUAUCUAUAGAAGUUGCAGGAAUUUAAUAGCAACAAGAAUUGACUUGUGCUAUGUUCUUGAACUAUUUCAUGCUGGAAAUGAAUAUGUCAGAGGCCUGUGUAUAGAAUUUCUCUGGGAGUUAGUUCAGUUAAACAGGAGAACAUUAUGCAAUCAGAUUUUGCAAAUAAUAAAGGAUGAAGGAGCAUGUAGCACAAUGCAUACUCUUCUAGUCUAUCUUCAAAAUGCUCCAAUGGAGCAACAGCCUGUCAUUGCAUCCCUUCUUCUUCAGCUUGAUCUCCUGAAAAAUGAGAUUUAUCGAGAGGAAGCGAUUCAAACACUUAUUGAAUCCCUCCCAAAAAAAGAUUUCCCAAAUUCACAACUUGCAGCUCUUGAUGCCUUGUCAUCUCUUUCAGGCCACCUUAGUGCUUCAGGGAAGUCUCUUACUGAAGCCUGGUUACUCAAGCUUGCAGGAUUUGAUCAACCUUAUGAAGAUUCUGUGAAGAAAGAAAAUCUCAAAGUUAACGAACAUGAACCAAUUGAGAAUAUGGACAAGGAAGAGGAGAUAGCUGCAAAUUGUUGGGGAGAAAAGGAUAGCUUUUGUACUUUGCAACCAUGA